GGGAUGGAGAAGGGGGGCCCUGCUACCAGCCAGCCCAGGGAGCUGGGAGCACACGCACACGCGCGUUUGCACACACGCACACGCGUGUCACCAGCGGAGGCUGUUAAAGGGACACGGUCACCGCCGGCGACAGCGGAGCGCGCUGGGAAAGCACCGGCAUCGGCACCGGGAGAGGCGAGGUGAAGGGCAUGGCAGGCUGGAGAUCCUGGUGCAGACCCUGCUGCAGACCCCGCUUACCCCAGCAGCCUCAGCUCUGGUGACACCCCCUGGGGCACAGGGGUGACACUCGAUCCUGUGCCAGCACUCCGGGAUGCAGCAGGCACCCAGGACAGGCCACUGUGCCCUCAUGCUGAGGGGAAUCACCUGCCCAAGCCACCUCUGGCACUGUGGCUGGGGGUUGUUCCAUUGCUGUCCCUCAUGUCCCAGGACCCCCAGCUCAGCAUCCACUCAGUAGUUUGGACCCAGCUUCACCACUGCUCCCCAAACUGGAGGGAACUGGUCAGCAGCCACAUUUAACCUCAUCCCCUCUGCCUUCCCCUGGCACGGCCCCAUGUGAGCAGCAGGUCCAGCUCGGCCUGGCUGGCCCUAGGGAGGCUGAGGGAGAUGCCUGGAUCCAGCGCCUGGCUCCUGCCUCCGUUAUUUAUAAGCGGGCUGUCACAGGAGGCUGGCAGCGUGGAGCAGCUGUCCCUGCACUGUGCCGAGGGCUCGUUGGAAUGGCUGUACCCCACGGGAGCCCUUCGCCUCCGCCUGGCCCCCCGCCUGCCCCCCACCAGCGCCGCCGUCAAGGGCGGGAGCCCCCCGCACGUCACCGCCUGCAUCAAACCCACCGGGACCUUCCGGGGGGCUCAGCUCUACCUGGAGAGGGAGGGGAUGCUGGAGCUGCUGCUGCCAGAAGCCCCCCGGCCCCGCGCCCGCUGCUUCAGCUGGCUACCCCAGGAGAAGGUGGCUCUGUUCCUGCAGGCCACCCCGCACCCCGACAUCAGCCGCCGCAUCGCCGCCUUCCGCUACGAGCUGCGGGGGGACUGGCUGGCCCGGCCGGCGCUGCCCGCCGCCAGCCUCAGCGCUGAAGGUGCGUGCCGGCCGUGCAAUGACACCGAGAUCCUGAUGGCCAUUUGCACUAGUGACUUUGUGAUCCGCGGCAGCAUCCGGAGCGUCUCCAAUGACGCAGAGCUGCAGGAAUCCAUCAUCGGGGUGAGCGCCACCCGCAUCCACCGCCAGAAAUUCCCACUUUUCCAGGCGGGCGGGCGGCCGGGGCGGCCGGUGGGCAGCAUCCGCACCCCUCUGCGCUGUGGGGUCAAGCCGGGCCCUGGCACCUUCCUGUUCACGGGGUGGCUGCACUUCGGGGAGGCCUGGCUGAGCUGCGCGCCCCGGUACCGGGACUUCCAGCGCAUCUACGAGGGGGCCCAGCGCACGCGCCAGAACCCCUGCGAGUUCCCCGUGGACUGAGCGGCUCCGGGAGCGCAGCCCGGCCCCGCGGGCACUGCGGGACCAUGGUCCUGCUGUCACUGAGAGUGGCCCCAGGGCACACGGGAACAGUGCCCGGAGGGAGCGUGGCACGUCGGGCCUUGCCACGCACCGGGCUGUGGCAGCACCCGCCAGCGGGCUGGGGGGUUCUGGGAAAAUCCUGCUGGAAGGGAAGGGAUUUCCCCAGGGCGUGCUUGUCAAGGGUGCCCAGGGAGUUGCCUGGGUGAGGGGUGCAGCAGCGCAGGGUUGAGGCUCCCAGGGGACCAGGGUGCUGCAUGCUCAGGGGAUGCUGUGGGGCACAGAGGGUCUGGCACCAGCGGGCAGCCAGACCCCCAGACCCUGGCAGGGCUCGGGGGUGGGUGGCCAUGGUGGCCAGUCCAGGGACACGGUGGGCACAGAAGGGAGUGGAAGGGCCAGGAGAUGGAUCUGUAAAGUUGGGGGUGGAAGGGGGAGCAGGCAGCGAUGAGCCUGGCCCUGGCACGGGCAGGAGCUGCGGGGCUGAUGCUGAGGAAGAGGAGCAAGGCUGAAGGGAGCGAGGGGAGUGGUGAGGUGGGAGGAAGGCUGGCGCGGGGAGCAGAAGUGUCCAUGGCACAGCCAGGGUGGGACCAAAGUGCCGAUGCAGGAAGGUGCCAUGGGAGCAGGGAGAGGUCACCGUGCCACCCGUCGCUGCCAGCCCUUGUGUGCGAGGGGCAGGCUGUGCCAGCCGCGGGGAAUUUUUUGACCGUGGGGGUGGGGGGGGCAUCGUAUGUGCACUAAAGUUAUAACGAUACCAAAUUUGUGACUUCUUUUUUAUAAACUAAGCUGUAUUUGUAGCAUGUGGCUCCUGUUUUUAGCACGCUGAGCAGGACAUUCACCAACAACGGUGUGUGCCACCUGCUUCCCUCUGUGCCAGCUUCAGCUGUGACCCGCCUCCCAUGGGGCUGGAAACUUGGAUAUCUCUCUGUAUGGAGAGAUUUACUGCUGUUUGCACAUCCUGCAUCCCAGUGAUCCCCAGGAUGGGUCACUUUGGGGUCCCCCCUCCCUAGGUAUGCCCGGGUGUACGGGCCAGGGGCCCCGUGCUGGGUGGGUGACCCUGCUGGUGGAGCUGCUGUCAGGACUGAUUCUCGUCAGAGCCACCGGCCACAAGGCCUCAUUGUGCCGGAUUGUGCCGUGCCAGCAUCCCAACCCUGCCGGCUCCCACCCCGCUGCUGCCCCCUUCAGCCCCCACCACGAG